GCCCGCGAAUGCUUAUCAAGUCGCUUCUCGCCGACGGGAUACGCUGCUGAAGAUACCCCGCGGAACUCGAGUGGGGGAUCGAAACGAUUGGUUCGCGAUAUAAGAUCAAUUCGAGGGCUCGUUAUCGUAUUCUGACGCGUCGUAUGUGAAUACGCAUGAAGUGCGACGGAGACGUUUGAUUUUUCAGUAAAAUCAUUUCCGUUCUUAUCAUCGUGAGCUAAGUGGAAUAUUCGUUGUAUCGACGGCUGACAACAAUGUAUUUGCCGAUAAUGUCGGAAUCAAUUAUCUCCAGAAACGCGUGGCAUCUCUCGAGCUUCUUUCUGCUACGAACUUGGGAAAGCGGAAAAACAUUUGCCAACCGGCGACCCUCGUGGGCUUCGUGACAGUGUUUGGACUAUAAUAGGAAUCGACGCAGUGUUGUACGGGAAGGAUUAGCGAAGGUUAGCGAGGUCCAGAACUGCCUCUGACAAUUACACAAGGAGUAAUGAGAUUCAAUCGAGUUCCGCUUAGAGGGAGAGACGGCUAUUGAUCCAAUUGUUGUAAAUGCAAUUUUUUAACGCACUUUACAAGAGGGAAACGAUAUCGAGGAAGGAUGUUAAAGCCAGGCUCGCACGCUAAACAGAUCGUGGAGGCGCAGGUGAUCGUCGCGAUGCAGAGGCAAGGAUACACCUUGAACGCCGUAAAUAUUUACGACGAGAAUCUGCUGCACGUAAGCGCGGCGAACGGUUGCCUCGGGAUCGCGAGGGAAAUUUUGAACCGGAAGGAGAACCGCCGGGUCGUCGACAGGAAGAACAAAUUUGGGUGGACGCCGCUGAUGCAGGCGAUUCGCAAUAGGAACGUCGACACUGUGAAGUUGCUUUUAGAGAAAAACGCCGACGUCAAUCAAAUGACGUAUCUCGGUAUGUCAGUCCUCGGAUUAGCCGCUGCGAUAAGCAGGGAGAUGUUCGAGACGGUGUACAACGCCUGCCCAGACGCACUGGCGAACACAGCUAACGAUGACAUUACUCCGCUGUGUGUGGCUGCCAUGAAGAACGACAAGGAGCUGUUCCUGAGACUACUGGAAUUAGGCAUGCCAUCGUCGACUGCCAAUGGAUACACUCGCAUCAUGAUGAAACGGUCCACAGUACCGGAAAUAGCCACUCUGGCGAACGAAGAACUGGCCACGGAUGACUAUUGGAACGAUACGUCGGAUAACAUCGAAGCGAUGAGCGAACAGGACAACAUCGAGAGCACGAUGGAAGAUCGUCCUACUUCAAAUGACGCCGAGAGUAAAAGGGAGAAGCUCAAGCUGCACCUGUUGUCCGUAAUCGGGGAACCGGACAAACAAAUAUCACCGAACCUAACGUACGAUACGUUUAUGUUCCCGAAGGCCGCCGAUUUUGAGAAGAACAGUCUUAUAGAGAAAUCGGACGUUCCUCCCCGAGACGAAAACGCGAACGAGAGGCCAACGAAAGGUGAUUUGAAAGGGCGCUCUGCGACGGGCGAGGAUCAGCCCGAUUCGUCUCCGGCUGUACUUCAAAGAUUACAGUCGACGCGACCUACGGAUCUUAACAUGAACAAGAAUGAUCGUAACGUGAACAAUCUCUCGUACAAUUUUAAUGUCACUCUCGGGUUCACGCCCGAGUUCAGCCCGGUCAGAUCGCCCCACGUGUCCGCGGAUGUGAACGAGGAGUACGUGUUUGGUGAAAAUACGCCGACGCCGCCGCGUUGCAAGACCCCGCCGAAGGGUAUACUUCUCAACUGGCCGCAGACGAAAAUGAUCAUGGUGCUGAAACGCUUCGGGCUGAGCAAACACAUUUCUGUAUUUCUCGAGCAGGAAGUGGACUUUGACCUAUUUUUAACACUUACGGAUAAAGAUAUGAUAGAAAUCGGUAUCGAGCACGAGAGGGACAGAUGCAACUUGCUGAAUGCAAUAAGGGAAUGCAUAACCCAUAAAAUAUAUUAAUAUUUGAUCACUUUAUUUAUGGAUUGAUACAAUUUGUUGCCUGUGUGAUUUGGAAAUUUUAACGCAUUAUGAUCUUACUAUUCGUGUUCUAAGAGAUAAAUAAUUUUUUAAUUUAUAAUCAAAUGGAUUUACAAUUUAUUACUUGAAUUAUUUAUUUUUAUCCAAUAUUGAUUCUCUAGUUAUUAGGAGAGUUUUCUUAUACAAAUUAUGUAAUAUCAUGUUUUAGAUAUAAAGAAACGAGUAAUAAUAAUUGUUAUUGAGACGGCAAGUUGCAGGAAUAUUUCCUUAGAAAUUCCUUAACAAUUUCUCCUUACACUUCGUUUAUCGGACUUUUCUUAAUCCGUCAGCUCCUUCAAUGUCCUACAUCGUUAUUGUCUCGUAUAUGUUGGAUGAAAAAAUGCUGUAAGUUUAUUAUAUAUUAUAUAUAAGUUUAUUAUUUAUUAUAUACAUAUAUAUCUACGACGUGUAUAACAUUUACUACGAAAGACUUGCUCUUAGAUUUUUGCUCAUAUAUCGGGCAUUUUACGAGUUAUAUUUUUUCCUUCUCGUUUAUUGUUCGUUUUCUUUAUUAUGAUCUUUAGGACGCGAUAUAAAUUCCGAUCUUCGUGGCUGCUCUAUAUUGUACUUUCUACACCAAAAAUGAAAUAAAUACAUAUACAGGGUGAGGAAAAG